UCUGUCUACUUCCAGCUGUUUCAGGUUGUUGCAUCAUGCAUCAUAUAUUCACAAUGGCGGCACAUGGGAAUGAGCGUACGUAUGAUACAGAAAGAAAUACGAGACCUUGUCGGGCAUGUGUGGACUUCAAGACAUGGACAAAGCAGCAGAAGGAAGCCUUGACAAAGGAAGCACACGGAAGAGGUGAUCAUACGCCCAAGAGGGAAGAGUGCCCACUGGAUAAAGAUGAAUUAGGAAGUAAGACUUGGGGUUUUCUGCAUACAAUGGCUGCAUAUUAUCCAGAUAAGCCAACACCUGAAGAGAGAUCAGACAUGGCUAAUUUCUUCACUACAUUCUCAAAAUUCUACCCCUGUUAUGAGUGUGCACAAGACUUUCAAGAACAAUUGAAAGUGACACCCCCUGUUACCGAUUCACAGCAUUCACUGUCUCAGUGGCUUUGCAGGAUGCAUAAUAAUGUCAAUCGGCGGAUUGGCAAACCUGAGUUUGAUUGCUCCCGUGUGAAUGAACGGUGGCGAGACGGUUGGCUUGAUGGUUCGUGUGACUGAUAGAGCAGUAGAAUGGGAGUAGAGCAGAGCGCAAUAUACUGGUAUUUGGGAAGCAUUUCUGUGUUGUUUAACUUUUGUAUAUCUAUGUAAAUAUAGUUUGUAAUACAGUAAUUGUAAAUACUGUAGAUUUAGAAUGCUUAAUAAUUUAAGCACAAGUUUAUAUGAACUUUUAUGGUCUAUAAUAGACUAGUGAAAUGCCCUUUGAAAAUUCAAUUCUAAAAUUUGGCAAUACCCAUGUCUAGUUCCAGUUUCCGCAGAUAACACUCCCACUGAUGCACUCUUAUAUGUUAUAACCCAUAAGGGACACUAUGAAGUCCCAGCUACACUGAAUAGCCAGACAGUGCUUCAUACAGUUGGUAAAAGUAAAACUAUUCCUGUAACAGGCUGUGGAGGGCUGUAGGGUUGUGAGACGUCGAGGCUCCCCUU